AUGGGCGCCUAUCUCUAUGGGCGCCUAUCUCUAGGGGCGCCUAUCUCUAUGGGCGCCUAUCUCUAUGGGCGCCUAUCUCUAUGGGCGCCUAUCUCUAUGGGUGCCUAUCUCUAUGGGCGCCUAUCUCUAUGGGCGCCUAUCUCUAUGGGCGCCUAUCGCUAUGGGCGCCUGUCUCUAGGGGUGCCUAUCUCUAUGGGCGCCUAUCUCUAUGGGCGCCUAUCUCUAUGGGCGCCUAUCUCUAGGGGCGGCUAUCUCUAUGGGCGGGCGGCUAUCUCUAGGGGCACCUAUCUCUAUGGGCGCCUAUCUCUAGGGGCGCCAAUCUCUAUGGGCGGCUAUCUCUUUGGGCGCCUAUCUCUAUGGGCGCCUAUCUCUAGGGGCGCCUAUCUCUUGGGGCGCCUAUCUCUAUGGGCGCCUAUCUCUAUGGGCGCCUAUCUCUAUGGGCGCCUAUCUCUAUGGGCGCCUAUCUCUAGGGGUGCCUAUCUCUAUGGGGCGCCUAUCUCUGGGUGCCUAUCUCUACGGGCGGCUAUCUCUAGGGGCGCAUAUCUCUAUGGGCGCCAAUCUCUAGGGGCGCCUAUCUCGAUAGGCGACUAUCUCUUUGGGCGCCUAUCUCUAUGGGCGCCUAUCUCUAUGGGCGCCUAUCUCUUGGGGCGCCUAUCUCUAGGGCGCCUAUCUUUAGCGGCGCCUAUCCCUCCUUCCAUCACCCCGCACCAUUCUCCCGCCUUCCAUCACCCCGCCCCAUUCCUCCGCUUUCCAUCACCCCGGCCCAUUCUCCCGCUUUCCAUCAUCCCGCCCUAUUCUCCCGCUUUCCAUCACCCCAACCCAUUCUCCCGCUUUCCAUCACCGCGCCCCAUUCUCCUCCCUUCCAUCACCCCGCCCCAUUCUCCCGCUUUCCAUUACCCCGCCCCAUUCUCCCGCUUUCCAUCACCGCGCCCCAUUCUCCCGCUUUCCAUCACCCCGCCCUAUUCUCCCGCUUUCCAUCAACCCGUCCCAUUCUCCCGCUUUCCAUCAUCCCGCCCCAUUCUCCCGCUUUCCAUCACCCCGCCCCAUUCUCCCGCUUUCCAUCACCCCGCCCCAUUCUCCCGCUUUCUAUCACCCCGCCCCAUUCUCCCGCUUUCCAUCACCCCGCCCCAUUCUCCCUCCUUCCAUCACCCCGCUCCAUUCUCCCUCCUUCUAUCACCCCGCCCCAUUCUCCCUCCUUACAUCACCCCGCCCCAUUUCCCUGGCUUCCAUCACCCCGCCACAUUCUCCCGCUUUCCACCACCCCGCCCCAUUCUCCCGCUUUCCAUCACCCCGCCCCAUUCUCCCGCUUUCCAUCACCCCGCCCCAUCCUCCCACCUUCCAUCACCCCGCCCCAUUCUCCCGCUUUCCAUCACCCCGCCCCAUUCUCCAACUUUCCAUCACCCCGCCCCAUUCUCCCGCUUUCCAUCACCCCGCCCCAUUCUCCCGCUUUCCAUCACCCCGCCCCAUUCUCCCGCUUUCCAUCACCCCGCCCCAUUCUCCCGCUUUCCAUCACCCCGCCCCAUUCUCCCGCUUUCCAUCACCCCGCCCAUUCUCCCGCUUUCCAUCACCCCGCCCCAUUCUCCCGCGUUCCAUGACCCUGCCCCAUUCUCCUGCUUUCCAUCACCCCGCCCCAUUCUCCCUCUUUCCAUCACCCCGCCCCAUUCUCCCGCUUUCCAUCAGCCCACCCCAUUCUCCAUCUUUUCAUCACCCCGCCCCAUUCUCCCGCUUUCCAUCACCCCGCACAAUUCUCCCGCUUUCCAUCACCCCGCCCCAUUCCCCCUUCUUUUAUCACCCCGCCCCAUUCUCUCGCUUUCCAUCACCCCUCCCCAUUCUCCCGCUUUCCAUCACCCCACCCCAUUCCCCAUCUUUUCAUCACCCCGCCCCAUUCUCCCACUUUCCAUCACCCCGCACUAUUCUCCCGCUUUCCAUCAACCCGCCCCAUUCUCCCUCCUUCCAUCACCCCGCCCCACUCUCCCGCUUUCCAUCACCUCGCCCCAUUCUCCCGCUUUCCAUCACCCCGCCCCAUUCUCCCGCUUUCCAUCAGCCCACCCCAUUCUCCAUCUUUUCAUCACCCCGCCCCAUUCUCCCGCUUUCUAUCACCCCGCACAAUUCUCCCGCUUUCCAUCACCCCGCCCCAUUCCCCCUCUUUCCAUCACCCCGCCCCAUUCUCUCGCUUUCCAUCACCCCUCCCCAUUCUCCCUCUUUCCAUCACCCCAACCCAUUCUCCAUCUUUUCAUCACCUCGCCCCAUUCUCCCACUUUCCAUCACCCCGCACCAUUCUCCCGCUUUCCAUCAACCCGCCCCAUUCUCCCUCCUUCCAUCACCCCGCCCCAUUCUCCCGCUUUCCAUCACCUCGCCCCAUUCUCCCGCUUUCCAUCACCCCGCCCCAUUCUCCCGCUUUCCAUCACCCCACCCCAUUCUCCAUCUUUUCAUCACCCCGCCCCAUUCUCCCGCUUUCCAUCACCCCGCACCAUUCUCCCGCUUUCCAUCACCCCGCCCCAUUCUCCCUCCAUCCAUCACCCCGCCCCAUUCCCCCUCCUUCCAUCACCCCGCCCCAUUCUCCCGCUUUCCAUCACCCCGCCCCAUUCUCCCGCUUUCCAUCACCCCGCCCCAUUCUCCCGCUUUCCAUCACCCCGCCCCAUUCUCCCGCUUUCCAUCACCCCGCCCCAUUCUCCCGCUUUCCAUCACCCCGCCCCAUUCUCCCGCUUUCCAUCACCCUGCCCCAUUCUCCCGCUUUCCAUCACCCCGCCCAUUCUCCCGCUUUCCAUCACCCCGCCCCAUUCUCCCGCUUUCCAUCACCCCACCCCAUUCUCCCUCCUUCCAUCACCCCGCCCCAUUCUCCCUCCUUCCAUCACCCCGCCUCAUUCUCCCGCUUUCCAUCACCCCGCCCCAUUCUCCCGCUUUCCAUCACCCCGCCCCAUUCUCCCGCUUUCCAUCACCCCGUCCCAUUCUCUCGCUUUCCAUCACCCCUACCCAUUCUCCCUCCUUCCAUCACCCCGCCCCAUUCUCCCUCCUUCCAUCACCCCGCCCUAUUCUCCCUCCUUCCAUCACCCCGCCCCAUUUUCUCGCUUUCCAUCACCCACCCCAUUCUCCCUCCUUCCAUCACCCCGCCCCAUUCUCCCUCCUUCCAUCACCCCGACCCAUUCUCCCUCCUUCCAUCACCCCGCCCCAUUCUCCCGCUUUCCAUCGCCCCACCCCAUUCUCCCGCUUUCCAUCACCCCGACCCAUUCUCCCGCUUUCCAUCACCCCGUCCCAUUCUCCCGCUUUCCAUCACCCCGCCCCAUUCUCCCGCUUUCCAUCACCCCGCCCCAUUCUCCCGCUUUCCAUCACCCCGCCCAUUCUCCCGCUUUCCAUCACCCCGCCCCAUUCUCCCGCUUUCCAUCACCCCGCAACAUUCUGCCGCUCUCCAUCACCCCGCCCCAUUCUCCCGCUCUCCAUCACCUUGCCCCAUUAUCCCGCUUUCCAUCAUCCCGCCCCAUUCUCCCGCUUUCCAUCAUCCUGCCCCAUUCUCCCUCUUCCAUCACGUCGACCCAUUCUCCCGCUUUCCAUCACCCUGCCUCAUUCUCCCGCUUUCCAUCACCCCGUCCCAUUCUCCCGCUUUCCAUCACCCCGCCCCAUUCUCCCGCUUUCCAUCACCCCGCCCCAUUCUCCCGCUUUCCAUCACCCCGCCCCAUUCUCCCACUUUCCAUCACCCCACCCCAUUCUCCCGCUUUCCAUCACCCCGCCCCAUUCUCCCGCUUUCCAUCACCCCGCCCCAUUUUCUCGCUUUCCAUCACCCGCCCCAUUCUCCCACUUUCCAUCACCCCUCCCCAUUCUCCCUCCUUCCAUCACCCCGCCCCAUUCUCCCUCCUUCCAUCACCCCGACCCAUUCUCCCUCCUUCCAUCACCCCGCCCCAUUCUCCCGCUUUCCAUCGCCCCACCCCAUUCUCCCACUUUGCAUCACCCGACUCCAUUCUCCCGCUUUCCAUCACCCCGACCCAUUCUCUCUCUUUCCAUCACCCCGCCCCAUUCUCCCGCUUUCCAUCACCCCGCCCCAUUCUCCCGCUUUCCAUCAUCCCGCCCCAUUCUCCCUCCUUCCAUCACCCCGCCCCAUUCUCCCUCCUUCCAUCACCCCGCCCCAUACUCCCGCUUUCCAUCACCCCGCCUCAUUCUCCCGCUUUCCAUCACCCCGCCCCAUUCUCCCGCUUUCCAUCACCCCACCCCAUUCUCCCGCUUUCCAUCACCCCGCCCCAUUCUCCCGCUUUCCAUCACCCUGCCCCAUUCUCCCUCCUUCCAUCACCCCGGCCCAUUCUCCCGCUUUCCAUCACCCCGCCCCAUUCUCCCGCUUUCCAUCAUCCCGCCCCAUUCUCCCGCUUUCCAUCACCCCGCCCCGUUCUCCCUCCUUCCAUCACCCCGCGCCAUUCUCCCUCCUUCCAUCACCCCACCCCAUUCUCCUGCUUUCCAUCACCCCGCCCUAUUCUUCCGCAUUCCAUCACCCAGCCCCAUUAUCCCGCCUUCCAUCACCCCGCCCCAUUUUCCUGCUUUCCGUCACCCCGCCCCAUUCUCCCGCUAUCCAUCACCCCGCCCCAUUCCCCAGCUUUCCAUCACCCCGCCCCAUUCUCCCGCUCUCCAUCACCCCGCCCCAUUCUCCCGCUUUCCAUCACCCCGCCCAAUUCUCCCGCUUUCCAUCACCACGCCCCAUUCUCCCGCUUUCCAUCACCCUGCCCCAUUCUCCCGCUUUCCAUCACCCCGCCCCAUUCUCCCGCUUUCCAUCACCCCGCCCCAUUUUCUCGCUUUCCAUCACCCGCCCCAUUCUCCCACUUUCCAUCACCCCUCCCCAUUCUCCCUCCUUCCAUCUCCCCGCCCCAUUCUCCCUCCUUCCAUCACCCCGACCCAUUCUCCCUCCUUCCAUCACCCCGCCCCAUUCUCCCGCUUUCCAUCGCCCCACCCCAUUCUCCCACUUUGCAUCACCCGACCCCAUUCUCCCGCUUUCCAUCACCCCGACCCAUUCUCCCGCUUUCCAUCACCCCGUCCCAUUCUCCCGCUUUCCAUCACCCCGCCCCAUUCUCCCGCUUUCAAUCACCCCGCCCCAUUCUCCCUCCUUUCAUCACCACGCCCCAUUCUCCCUCCUUCCAUCACCCCGCCCCAUACUCCCGCUUUCCAUCACCCCGCCUCAUUCUCCCGCAUUCCAUCACCCCGCCUCAUUCUCCCGCUUUCCAUCACCCCGCCCCAUUCUCCCGCUUUCCAUCACCCCGCCCCAUUCUCCCGCUUUCCAUCACCCUGCCCCAUUCUCCCUCCUUCCAUCACCCCGGCCCAUUCUCCCGCUUUCCAUCACCCCGCCCCAUUCUCCCGCUUUCCAUCACCCUGCCCCAUUCUCCCGCUUUCCAUCACCUCGCCCCAUUCUCCCUCCUUCCAUCACCCCGCGCCAUUCUCCCUCCUUCCAUCACCCCACCCCAUUCUCCUGCUUUCCAUCACCCCGCCCUAUUCUUCCACAUUCCAUCACCCAGCCCCAUUCUCCCGCUUUCCAUCUCCCCGCCCCAUUUUCCUGCUUUCCGUCACCCCGCCCCAUUCUCCCGCUAUCCAUCACCCCGCCCCAUUCCCCCGCUUUCCAUCACCCCGCCCCAUUCUCCUGCUUUCCAUCACCCCGCCCCAUUCUCCCGCUUUCCAUCACCCCGCCCCAUUCUCCCUUCUUCCAUCACCUCACCCCAUUCUCCCUCCUUCCAUCACCCCGCCCCAUUCUCCCGCUUUCCAUCACCCCGCCCAAUUCUCCCGCUUUCCAUCACCACGCCCCAUUCUUCCGCUUUAAAUCACCCCGCCCCAUUCUCCCGCUUUCCAUCACCCCGCCCCAUUCUCCCGCUUUCCAUCACCCCGCCCCAUUCUCCCUUCUUCCAUCACCUCACCCCAUUCUCCCUCCUUCCAUCACCCCGCCCCAUUCUCCCGCUUUCCAUCACCCUGCCCCAUUCUCCCGCUUUCCAUCACCCCGCCCCAUUUUCCCGCUUUCCGUCACCCCGCCCCAUUCUCCUGCUAUCCAUCACCCCGCCCCAUUCUCCUGCUUUCCAUCACCCCGCCCCAUUCUCCCGCUUUCCAUCACCCCGCCCCAUUCUCCCGCUUUCCAUCACCCCCCCAUUCUCCCUUCUUCCAUCACCUCACCCCAUUCUCCCUCCUUCCAUCACCCCGCUCCAUUCUCCUGCUUUCAAUCACCCCGCCCCAUUCUUCCGCAUUCCAUCACCCAGCCCCAUUCUCCCGCUUUCCAUCACCCCGCCCCAUUUUCCCGCUUUCCGUCACCCCGCCCCAUUCUCCCGCUAUCCAUCACCCCGCCCCAUUCCCCCACUUUCCAUCACCCCGCCCCAUUCUCCCGCUUUCCAUCACCCCACCCCAUUCUCCCGCUUUCCAUCACCCCCGCCCCAUUCUUCCGCUUUCCAUCACCCCGCCCCAUUCUCCCGCUUUCCAUCACCCCUCCCCAUUCUCCUGCUUUCCAUCACCCCGCACCAUUCUCCCUCCUUCCAUGACCCCGCCCCAUUCUCCCUCCUUCCAUUACCCCGCCCCAUUCUCCCGCUUUCCAUCACCCCGCCCCAUUCUCCCGCUUUCCAUCACCCCGUCCCAUUCUCCCGCUUUCCAUCAUCACGCCCCAUUCUCCAGCUUUCCAACACCCCGUCCCAUUCUCCCUCUUUCCAUCACCCCACCCCAUUCUCCCGCUUUCCAUCACCCCGCCCAAUUCUCCCGCUUUCCAUCACCCCGUCCCAUUCUCCCGCUUUCCAUCACCCCGCCCCAUUCUCCCGCUUUCCAUCACCCUGCCCCAAUCUCCCGCUUUCCAUCACCCGCUCCAUUCUCCCGCUUUCCAACACCCCGUCCCAUUCUCCCGCUUUCCAUCACCCCGCCCCAUUCUCCCGCUUUCCAUCACCCCGCCCCAUUCUCCCGCUUUCCAUCACCCCCCCCGCCCUAUUCUCCCGCUUUCCAUCACCUCGCCCCCUUCUCCCGCUUUCCAUCACCCCGGCCCAAUCUCCCUCCUUCCAUCACCCCACCCCAUUCUCCCUCCUUGCAUCACCCCGCCCCAUUCUCCCGCUUUCCAUCACCCCGCCCCAUUCUCCCGCUUUCCAUCACCCCGCCCCAUUCUCCCGCAUUCCAUCACCCCGCCCCAUUCUCCCGCUUUCCAUCACCCCGCCCCAUUCUCCAGCUUUCCAUCACCCCGCCCCAUUCUCCCGCUUUCCAUCACCCCGCCCUGUUCUCCUACUUUCCAUCACCCCACCCCAUUCUCCCGCUUUCCAUCGCCCCACCCCAUUCUCCCACUUUGCAUCACCAGACCCCAUUCUCCCGCUUUCCAUCACCCCGACCCAAUCUCUCUCUUUCCAUCACCCCGCCCCAUUCUCCCGCUUUCCAUCACCCCGCCCCAUUCUCCCGCUUUCCAUCAUCCCGCCCCAUUCUCCCUCCUUCCAUCACCCCGCCCCAUUCUCCCUCCUUCCAUCACCCCGCCCCAUACUCCCGCUUUCCAUCACCCCGCCUCAUUCUCCCGCUUUCCAUCACCCCGCCCCAUUCUCCCGCUUUCCAUCACCCCACCCCAUUCUCCCGCUUUCCAUCACCCCGCCCCAUUCUCCCGCUUUCCAUCACCCUGCCCCAUUCUCCCUCCUUCCAUCACCCCGGCCCAUUCUCCCGCUUUCCAUCACCCCGCCCCAUUCUCCCGCUUUCCAUCAUCCCGCCCCAUUCUCCCGCUUUCCAUCACCCCGCCCCGUUCUCCCUCCUUCCAUCACCCCGCGCCAUUCUCCCUCCUUCCAUCACCCCACCCCAUUCUCCUGCUUUCCAUCACCCCGCCCUAUUCUUCCGCAUUCCAUCACCCAGCCCCAUUAUCCCGCCUUCCAUCACCCCGCCCCAUUUUCCUGCUUUCCGUCACCCCGCCCCAUUCUCCCGCUAUCCAUCACCCCGCCCCAUUCCCCAGCUUUCCAUCACCCCGCCCCAUUCUCCCGCUCUCCAUCACCCCGCCCCAUUCUCCCGCUUUCCAUCACCCCGCCCAAUUCUCCCGCUUUCCAUCACCACGCCCCAUUCUCCCGCUUUCCAUCACCCCGCCCCAUUCUCUCGCUUUCCAUCACCCCGCCCCAUUCUCCCGCUUUCCAUCACCCCGCCCCAUUUUCUCGCUUUCCAUCACCCGCCCCAUUCUCCCACUUUCCAUCACCCCUCCCCAUUCUCCCUCCUUCCAUCUCCCCGCCCCAUUCUCCCUCCUUCCAUCACCCCGACCCAUUCUCCCUCCUUCCAUCACCCCGCCCCAUUCUCCCGCUUUCCAUCGCCCCACCCCAUUCUCCCACUUUGCAUCACCCGACCCCAUUCUCCCGCUUUCCAUCACCCCGACCCAUUCUCCCGCUUUCCAUCACCCCGUCCCAUUCUCCCGCUUUCCAUCACCCCGCCCCAUUCUCCCGCUUUCAAUCACCCCGCCCCAUUCUCCCUCCUUCCAUCACCCCGCCCCAUUCUCCCUCCUUCCAUCACCCCGCCCCAUACUCCUGCUUUCCAUCACCCCGCCUCAUUCUCCCGCAUUCCAUCACCCCGCCUCAUUCUCCCGCUUUGCAUCACCCCGCCCCAUUCUCCCGCUUUCCAUCACCCCGCCCCAUUCUCCCGCUUUCCAUCACCCUGCCCCAUUCUCCCUCCUUCCAUCACCCCGGCCCAUUCUCCCGCUUUCCAUCACCCCGCCCCAUUCUCCCGCUUUCCAUCACCCUGCCCCAUUCUCCCGCUUUCCAUCACCUCGCCCCAUUCUCCCUCCUUCCAUCACCCCGCGCCAUUCUCCCUCCUUCCAUCACCCCACCCCAUUCUCCUGCUUUCCAUCACCCCGCCCUAUUCUUCCGCAUUCCAUCACCCAGCCCCAUUCUCCCGCUUUCCAUCUCUUCGCCCCAUUUUCCUGCUUUCCGUCACCCCGCCCCAUUCUCCCGCUAUCCAUCACCCCGCCCCAUUCCCCCGCUUUCCAUCACCCCGCCCCAUUCUCCUGCUUUCCAUCACCCCGCCCCAUUCUCCCGCUUUCCAUCACCCCGCCCAAUUCUCCCGCUUUCCAUCACCACGCCCCAUUCUUCCUUCUUCCAUCACCUCACCCCAUUCUCCCUCCUUCCAUCACCCCGCCCCAUUCUCCCGCUUUCCAUCACCCUGCCCCAUUCUCCCGCUUUCCAUCACCCCGCCCCAUUCUCCCGCUUUCCAUCACCCCGCCCCAUUCUCCCGCUUUCCAUCACCCCGCCCCAUUCUCCCGCUUUCCAUCACCCCGCCCCAUUCUCCCUUCUUCCAUCACCUCACCCCAUUCUCCCUCCUUCCAUCACCCCGCUCCAUUCUCCUGCUUUCCAUCACCCCGCCCCAUUCUUCCGCAUUCCAUCACCCAGCCCCAUUCUCCCGCUUUCCAUCACCCCGCCCCAUUUUCCCGCUUUCCGUCACCCCGCCCCAUUCUCCCGCUAUCCAUCACCCCGCCCCAUUCCCCCACUUUCCAUCACCCCGCCCCAUUCUCCCGCUUUCCAUCACCCCACCCCAUUCUCCCGCUUUCCAUCACCCCCGCCCCAUUCUUCCGCUUUCCAUCACCCCGCCCCAUUCUCCCGCUUUCCAUCACCCCUCCCCAUUCUCCUGCUUUCCAUCACCCCGCACCAUUCUCCCUCCUUCCAUGACCCCGCCCCAUUCUCCCUCCUUCCAUUACCCCGCCCCAUUCUCCCGCUUUCCAUCACCCCGCCCCAUUCUCCCGCUUUCCAUCACCCCGUCCCAUUCUCCCGCUUUCAAUCAUCACGCCCCAUUCUCCAGCUUUCCAACACCCUGUCCCAUUCUCCCUCUUUCCAUCACCCCACCCCAUUCUCCCGCUUUCCAUCACCCCGCCCAAUUCUCCCGCUUUCCAUCACCCCGUCCCAUUCUCCCGCUUUCCAUCACCCCGCCCCAUUCUCCCGCUUUCCAUCACCCUGCCCCAAUCUCCCGCUUUCCAUCACCCGCUCCAUUCUCCCGCUUUCCAACACCCCGUCCCAUUCUCCCGCUUUCCAUCACCCCGCCCCAUUCUCCCGCUUUCCAUCACCCCGCCCCAUUCUCCCGCUUUCCAUCACCCCUCUCCCGCAUUUCAUAGCCCCGCCCUAUUCUCCCGCUUUCCAUCACCUCGCCCCCUUCUCCCGCUUUCCAUCACCCCGGCCCAAUCUCCCUCCUUCCAUCACCCCACCCCAUUCUCCCUCCUUGCAUCACCCCGCCCCAUUCUCCCGCUUUCCAUCACCCCGCCCCAUUCUCCCGCUUUCCAUCACCCCGCCCCAUUCUCCCGCAUUCCAUCACCCCGCCCCAUUCUCCCGCUUUCCAUCACCCCGCCCCAUUCUCCAGCUUUCCAUCACCCCGCCCCAUUCUCCCGCUUUCCAUCACCCCGCCCUGUUCUCCUACUUUCCAUCACCCCACCCCAUUCUCCCGCUUUCCAUCACCCCGCCUCAUUCUCCCGCUUUCCAUCACCCCGCCCCAUUCUCCCUACUUCCAUCACUGCGCCCCAUUCUCCCUCCUUCCAUCACCCUGCCCUAUUCUCCCGCGUUCCAUCACCUCGCCCCAUUCUCCCGCUUUCCAUUCCCCCGCCCCAUUCUCCCGCUUUCCAUCACCCCACCCCAUUCUCCCUCCUUCCAUCACCGCACCCCAUUCUCCCUCCUUGCAUCACCCUGCCCCAUUCUCCCGCUUUCCAUCACCUCGCCCCAUUCUCCCGCUUUCCAUCACCUUGCACCAUUCUCCUGCUUUCCAUCGCCCCGCCCCAUUCUCCCUCCUUCCAUCACCCCACCCCAUUCUCCCACUUUCCAUCACCCUGCCCCAUUCUCCUGCUUUCCAUCACCCCACCCCAUUCACCAGCGUUCCAUCACCCCGCUCCAUUCUCCCGCUUUCCAUCACCCCGCCACGUUCUCCCACUUUGCAUCACCCCGCCCCAUUCUCCAGCUUUCCAUCACCCCGCCCCAUUCUUCCACUUUCCAUCACCCCGCCCCAUUCUCCCGCUUUCCAUCACCCCGCCCCAUUCUCCCGCUUUCCAUCACCCCGCCCCAUUCUCCCGCUUUCCAUCACCCCGCCCCAUUCUCCCUCCCUCCAUCACCGCGCCCCAUUCUCCCUCCUUCCAUCACCCUGCCCCAUUCUCCAGCUUUCCAUCACCUCGCCCCAUUCUCCUGCUUUCCAUCACCCCGCCCCAUUCUCCCGCUUUCCAUCACCCCGCCCCAUUCUCCCGCUUUCCAUCACCCCGCCCCAUUCUCCCGUUUUACAUCACCCUGCCCCAUUCUCCCGCUUUCCAUAACAUCGCCCCAUUCUCACGCUUUCCAUCACCCCGCCCCAUUCUCCCGCUUUCUAUCACCCCACCCCAUUCUCCCUCCUUCCAUCACCGCGCCCCAUUCUCCCUCCUUCCAUCACCCCGCCCUAUUCUCCCACUUUCCAUCACCCCGCCCCAUUCUCCUGCUUUUCAUCACCCCGCCCCAUUCUCCAGCGUUCCAUCACCCCGCCCCAUUCUCCCGCUUUCCAUCACCCCGCCCCAUUCUCCCGCUUUCCAUCACCCCGCCCCAUUCUCCCUCCUUCCAUCACCCCGCCUUAUUCUCCCGCUUUCCAUUACCCCGCCCCAUUCUCCCGCUUUCCAUCACCUCGCCCCAUUCUCCCGCUUUCCAUCACCCUGCCCCAUUCUCCCGCUUUCCAUCACCCCGCCCCAUUCUCCCGCUUUCCAUCACCCCGCCCCAUUCUCCCGUUUCCAUCACCCCGUCCCAUUCUCCCGCUUUCCAUCACCCCACCCCAUUCUCCUGCUUUCCAUCACCCCGCCCCAUUCUCCCGCUUUCCAUCCCCCCGCCCCAUUCUCCCGCUUUCUAUCACCCCGCCCCAUUCUCCCUCCUUCCAUCACCCUGCCCCAUUCUCCCUCCUUCCAUCACCCCGCCCCAUUCUCCCUCCUUACAUAACCCCGCCCCAUUCUCCUGCUUUCCAUCACCCCGCCCCAUUCUCCCGCUUUCCACCACCUUGCCACAUUCUCCCGCCUUCCAUCACCCCGCCCCAUUCUCCCUCCUUCCAUCACCCCGCCCCAUUCUCCCGCUUUCCAUCACUCCGCCCCAUUCUCCCGCUUUCCAUCACCCCGCCCCAUUCUCCCGCUUUCCAUCACCCCGCCCCAUUCUCCCGCUUUCCAUCACCCCGCCCCAUUCUCCCACUUUCCAUCACCUUGCCCCAUUCUCCCGCUUUCCAUCACACCGCCCCAUUCUCACGCUUUCCAUCACCCUGCCCCAUUCUCCUGAUUUCCAUCACCCCGCCCCAUUCUCCCUCCUUCCAUCACCCCGCCCCAUUCUCCCUCCUUCCAUCACCCCGCUCCAUUCUCCUGCUUUCCAUCACCCCGCCCCAUUCUUCCGCAUUCCAUCACCCAGCCCCAUUCUCCCGCUUUCCAUCACCCCGCCCCAUUUUCCCGCUUUCCGUCACCCCGCCCCAUUCUCCCGCUAUCCAUCACCCCGCCCCAUUCCCCCACUUUCCAUCACCCCGCCCCAUUCUCCCGCUUUCCAUCACCCCACCCCAUUCUCCCGCUUUCCAUCACCCCCGCCCCAUUCUUCCGCUUUCCAUCACCCCGCCCCAUUCUCCCGCUUUCCAUCACCCCUCCCCAUUCUCCUGCUUUCCAUCACCCCGCACCAUUCUCCCUCCUUCCAUGACCCCGCCCCAUUCUCCCUCCUUCCAUUACCCCGCCCCAUUCUCCCGCUUUCCAUCACCCCGCCCCAUUCUCCCGCUUUCCAUCACCCCGUCCCAUUCUCCCGCUUUCCAUCAUCACGCCCCAUUCUCCAGCUUUCCAUCACCCCGUCCCAUUCUCCCUCUUUCCAUCACCCCACCCCAUUCUCCCGCUUUCCAUCACCCCGCCCAAUUCUCCCGCUUUCCAUCACCCCGUCCCAUUCUCCCGCUUUCCAUCACCCCGCCCCAUUCUCCCGCUUUCCAUCACCCUGCCCCAAUCUCCCGCUUUCCAUCACCCGCUCCAUUCUCCCGCUUUCCAACACCCCGCCCCAUUCUCCCGCUUUCCAUCACCCCGCCCCAUUCUCCCGCUUGCCAUCACCCCGCCCCAUUCUCCCGCUUUCCAUCACCCCAUCCCAUUCUCCCGCUUUCCAUCACCCCUCCCCAUUCUCCCUCCUUCCGUCACCCCGCCCCAUUCCCCCGCUUUCCAUCACACCGCCCUAUUCUCACGCUUUCCAUCACCGCGCCCCAUUCUCCUGCUUUCCAUCACCCCGCCCCAUUCUCCCUCCUUCCAUCACCCCGCCCCAUUCUCCCUCUUUCCAUAACCCCGCCCCAUUCUCCUGCUUUCCAUCACCCCGCCCCAUUCUCCCGCUUUCCAUAACCCCGCCCCAUUCUCCCGCUUUCCCUCACCCCGCCCCAUGCGCCCCAUUCUCCCUCCUUCCAUCACCCUGCCCUAUUCUCCCGCGUUCCAUCACCUCGCCCCAUUCUCCUGCUUUCCAUCCCCCCGCCCCAUUGUCCCGCUUCCAUCACCCCACCCCAUUCUCCCUCCUUCCAUCACCGCACCCCAUUCUCCCUCCUUGCAUCACCCUGCCCCAUUCUCCCGCUUUCCAUCACCUCGCCCCAUUCUCCCGCUUUCCAUCACCCCGCCCCAUUCUCCUGCUUUCCAUCACCCCGCCCCAUUCUCCCUCCUUCCAUCACCCCACCCCAUUCUCCCAGUUUCCAUCACCCUGCCCCAUUCUCCUGCUUUCCAUCACCCCACCCCAUUCACCAGCGUUCCAUCACCCCGCCCCAUUCUCCCGCUUUCCAUCACCCCGCUCCGUUCUCCCACUUUGCAUCACCCCGCCCCAUUCUCCAGCUUUCCAUCACCCCGCCCCAUUCUUCCGCUUUCCAUCACCCCGCCCCAUUCUCCCGCUUUCCAUCACCCCGCCCCAUUCUCCCGCUUUCCAUCACCCCGCCCCAUUCUCCCGCUUUCCAUCACCCGGCCCCAUUCUCCCUCCCUCCAUCACCGCGCCCCAUUCUCCCUCCUUCCAUCACCCUGCCCCAUUCUCCCGCUUUCCAUCACCUCGCCCCAUUCUCCUACUUUCCAUCACCCCGCCCCAUUCUCCCGCUUUCCAUCACCCCGCCCCAUUCUCCCGCUUUCCAUCACCCCGCCCCAUUCUCCCGUUUUCCAUCACCCUGCCCCAUUCUCCUGCUUUCCAUAACAUCGCCCCAUUCUCACGCUUUCCAUCACCCCGCCCCAUUCUCCCGCUUUCUAUCACCCCACCCCAUUCUCCCUCCUUCCAUCACCGCGCCCCAUUCUCCCUCCUUCCAUCACCCCGCCCUAUUCUCCCACUUUCCAUCACCCCGCCCCAUUCUCCUGCUUUCCAUCACCCCGCCCCAUUCUCCAGCGUUCCAUCACCCCGCCCCAUUCUCCCGCUUUCCAUCACCCCGCCCCAUUCUCCCGCUUUCCAUCACCCCGCCCCAUUCUCCCUCCUUCCAUCACCCCGCCUUAUUCUCCCGCUUUCCAUUACCCCGCCCCAUUCUCCCGCUUUCCAUCACCCCACCACAUUCUCCCGCUUUCCAUCACCCCGCCCCAUUCUCCCGCUUUCCAUCACCCGGCCCCAUUCUCCCGCUUUCCAUCACCCCGCCCCAUUCUCCCGUUUCCAUCACCCCGUCCCAUUCUCCCGCUUUCCAUCACCCCACCCCAUUCUCCUGCUUUCCAUCACCCCGCCCCAUUCUCCCGCUUUCCAUCCCCCCGCCCCGUUCUCCCGCUUUCUAUCACCCCGCCCCAUUCUCCCUCCUUCCAUCACCCCGCCCCAUUCUCCCUCCUUCCAUCACCCCGCCCCAUUCUCCCUCCUUACAUCACCCCGCCCCAUUCUCCUGCUUUCCAUCACCCCGCCCCAUUCUCCCGCUUUCCACCACCUUGCCCCAUCCUCCCGCCUUCCAUCACCCCGCCCCAUUCUCCCUCCUUCCAUCACCCCGCCCCAUUCUCCCGCUUUCCAUCACUCCGCCCCAUUCUCCCGCUUUCCAUCACCCCACCCCAUUCUCCCGCUUUCCAUCACCCCGCCCCAUUCUCCCGCUUUCCAUCACCUUGCCCCAUUCUCCCGCUUUCCAUCACACCGCCCCAUUCUCACGCUUUCCAUCACCCUGCCCCAUUCUCCUGAUUUCCAUCACCCCGCCCCAUUCUCCCUCCCUCCAUCACCCCGCCCCAUUCUCCCUCCUUCCAUAACCCCGCCCCAUUCUCCUGCUUUCCAUCACCCUGCCCCAUUCUCCCGCUUUCGAUCACCCCGCCCCAUUCUCCCGCUUUCCCUCACCCUGCCCCAGUCUCCCGCAUUGUAUAGCCCCGCCCUAUUCUCCCGCUUUCCAUCACCUCGCCCCCUUCUCCCGCUUUCCAUCACCCCGCCCCAAUCUCCCUCCUUCCAUCACCCCACCCCAUUCUCCCUCCUUUCAUCAUCCCGCCCCAUUCUCCCGCUUUCCAUCACCCCGCCCCAUUCUCCCGCUUUCCAUCACCCCGCCCCAUUCUCUCGCUUUCCAUCACCCCGCCCCAUUCUCCCACUUUCCAUCACCCCGCCCCAUUCUCCCGCUGUCCAUCACCCGGCCCCAUUCUCUUGCUUUCCAUCACCCCGCCCCAUUCUCCUGCUUUCCAUCACCCCGCCCCAUUCUCUCUCCUUCCAUCACCCCGCCACAUUCUCCCGCUUUCCAUCACCCCGUCCCAUUCUCCCGCUUUCCAUCACCCCGCCCAAUUCUCCCGCUUUCCAUCACCCCGCCCCAUUCUCCCGCUUUCCAUCACCCCGCCCCAUUCUCCCGCUUUCCAUCACCCCGCCCCAUUCUCCCUCUUUCCAUCACCCCGCCCCAUUCUCCCUCCUUCCAUCACCCCUCCCCAUUCUCCUUGCUUCCAUCACCCCGCCCCAUUCUCCCACUUUCCAUCACCCCGCCCUAUUUUCCCGUUUUCCAUCACCCCGCCCCAUUCUCCCGCUUUCCAUCACCCCUCCCCAUUCUCGUUGCUUCCAUCACCCCGCCCCAAUCUCCCUCCUUCCAUCACCCCGCCCCAUUCUCCCGCUUUCCAUGACCCCGCCCCAUUGUACCGCUUUCCAUCACCCCGCCCCAUUCUCCCGCUUCCUAACACCCAGCCCCAUUCUCCCGCUUUCCAUCACCCCGUCCCAUUCUCCCUCCAUCCAUCACCCCGCCCCAUUUUCCCUCCUUCCAUCACCCCGCCCGAUUCUCUUGCCUUCCAUCACCCCGCCCCAUUCGCCCGCUUUCCAUCACCCCUCCCCAUUCUCCCGCUUUCCAUCAUCCUGCCCCAUUCUCCCGCUUUCCAUCAUCCUGCCCCAUUCUCCCGCUUUCCAUCACCCCGCCCCAUUCUCCCGCUUUCCAUCACCCCGCCCCAUUCUCCCUCCUUCCAUCACCCCGCCUUAUUCUCCCGCUUUCCAUUACCCCGCCCCAUUCUCCCGCUUUCCAUCACCUCGCCCCAUUCUCCCGCUUUCCAUCACCCCGCCCCAUUCUCCCGCUUUCCAUCACCCCGCCCCAUUCUCCCGCUUUCUAUCACCCUGCCCCAUUCUCCCGUUUCCAUCACCCCGUCCCAUUCUCCCGCUUUCCAUCACCCCACCCCAGUCUCCUGCUUUCCAUCACCCCGCCCCAUUCUCCCGCUCUCCAUCCCCCCGCCCCAUUCUCCCGCUUUCUAUCACCCCGCCCCAUUCUCCCUCCUUCCAUCACCCCGCCCCAUUCUCCCUCCUUCCAUCACCCCGCCCCAUUCUCCCUCCUUACAUCACCCCGCCCCAUUCUCCUGCUUUCCAUCACCCCACCCCAUUCUCCCGCUUUCCACCACCUUGCCCCAUUCUCCUGCCUUCCAUCACCCCGCCCCAUUCUCCCUCCUUCCAUCACCCCGCCCCAUUCUCCCGCUUUCCAUCACUCCGCCCCAUUCUCCCGCUUUCCAUCACCCCUCCCCAUUCUCCCGCUUUCCAUCACCCCGCCCCAUUCUCCCGCUUUCCAUCACCCCGCCCCAUUCUCCCGCUUACCAUCGCCUUGCCCCAUUCUCCCGCUUUCCAUCACCCCGCCCCAUUCUCCUGCUUUCCAUCACCCCGCCCCAAUCUCCCUCUUUCCAUCAACCCACCCCAUACUUCCUCCUUCCAUCACCCCGCCCCAUUCUCCUGCCUUCCAUCACCCCGCCCCAUUCUCCCACUUUCCAUCACCCCACCCCAUUUUCCCGUUUUCCAUCACCCCGCCCCAUUCUCCUGCUUUCCAUCACCCCGCCCCAUUCUCCCGCUUUCCAUCACCCCGCCCCAUUCUCCCUCUUUCCAUCACCCCACCCCAUCCUCCCACCUUCCAUCACCCCGCCCCAUUCUUGUGGAAAGGACUCUGGGAUUGGCCUCUGCGGAUUGGGAUGCUAUCCCUGCAAUUCUCCCUCCUUCCCAUCAUCCCAAACCAUUCUCCCGCUUUCCAUCACCCCACCCCAUUCUCCCGCUUUCCAUCACCCCGCCCCAUUCUCUCGCUUUCCAUCACCCCGCCCCAUUCUCCCGCUUUCCAUCACCCCGCCCCAUUCUCCCGCUUUCCAUCACCCCUCCCCAUUCUCCCUCCUUCCAUCACCCCGCCCCAUUCUCCUUCCUUCCAUCACCCCGCCCCAUUCUCCCACUUUCCAUCACCCCGCCCCAUUUUCCCGUUUUCCAUCACCCCGCCCCAUUCUCCCGCUUUCCAUCACCCCUCCCCAUUCUCGUUGCUUCCAUCACCCCGCCCCAAUCUCCCUCCUUCCAUCACCACGCCCCAUUCUCCCGCUUUCCAUGA